UGUAAUAUUAUACAUGAAAGACAUUGGAUCAGGUGUAUGUCUCACAAUGAUAUGUUCUGAUAUUUGUGAGAUUCUUAACACAACAAUAAUUUGCAACAACCCAACCAUGCCUACACCCACACCCACAACACCUGUACCUACCUGCCCUGAAUGGAAUGUAACACAAAAUGAGACGUUCUUUUUGUGCAACUGCACCAUGGCCAGAUGCAUUGAGAACAAUACAAUUGAAAUAAUUCCAUAUGAAUGUCCACCCCUUGAGAACAUCACUUGUACCAAUGGAAAGAAACCAGUUCUUGUGUAUGAUGACUUCUACUGCUGCCAGCAUUACGCUUGUGACUGUGUAUGUGAAGGCUGGGGAGAUCCUCAUUACAUUACAUUUGAUGGAUUGUACUACAGUUAUCAAGGAAACUGUACUUACGUCUUGAUGGAAGAGAUUUUACCAAAACAUAACUUAAAUAUUUAUAUUGACAAUGUCUUCUGUGAUCCCACUGAAGAUGUUUCUUGUCCGCGAUCAAUAAUUAUAUCAUACCAAAUGGAAGUUGUCACACUUUUAAAUCAUAACCUUCUUGGAGCAGCACAGUUGGAGGCACUGAAAAACGGAGUACGUCUGAAACUACCUUAUUCACAACAAGGUGUUAGGAUCUUGGACUCUGGCAUUAACUUGGUUUUGGAGAUCCCUCACUUAAAAGUGGUCAUCACAUUUGGAAUAACUGGCUUUAGUGUGACCCUUCCAUAUCAAUACUUUGGCAAGAACACACAGGGCCAUUGUGGAACAUGCAAUAACAACCAGGCUGAUGACUGCAGGUUGCCUGAAGGCCAGCUGGUGGAAAAUUGUGCCGUGAUGGCCGACUAUUGGCCUGCAAAACACAUUAACCUACCCAAUUGCCAAAUACCUUCUGUUUUGCCCACUGACAUGCCUGAACUUCCACCAACCCUAACUCCAUGCAAACCAGAUUCCAUAUGUCACCUGCUUAAAAGCAGUCUCUUUGCAGCGUGCCAUCCCUUCGUCUCUCCUGACAAUUUCUAUCGAGGUUGUGUUUUUGAUAGCUGCCAUGUUUCCAACCCAGCUGUGGACUGUACAAGUUUGCAGACUUAUGCUGCUGCCUGUGCUCAAGCUGGGGUUUGUGUGCACUGGAGGAACCACACCAGGUUGUGUGCGAGUGACUGCCCAUCAAACAAAGUUUACAAGCCAUGUGGUCCUGCAGAACAGCCAACCUGUGAAGACAAUACCAAUGAACCAUCCAUGAAUUACACCACAGAGGGCUGCUUUUGUCCUGAUGGAAUGAAACUCUUUAACAAAGACUCUGGCAUAUGUGUUAGUAUCUGUGGAUGUCUUGAUCCUGAGGGCAUUCCUCGUCAGUUUAAUGAGAGGUUUGAGUACAAAUGCCAAAACUGCAUUUGUGAGGAGUCCACCAAGACUGUGACUUGCAAGCAAAAGGCAUGCCCGACACCACCUAUAACACAUUGCACUGGUCCCGGGUUUGUCCUUGUCAACCAAACUAUGCCAUCAGACCACUGCUGUUCUACUUUUGUUUGCCAAUGCCACAGCAACACAUGCCCAAUCACUGACAUGAACUGUCCAGCAGGAUAUAUGCCAGUUGUCAGUGUUCCUGAGGGUAAAUGCUGUCCAGAACAUAGAUGUGAGCCUAAAAGAGUUUGUGUACACAAAGACAAUGAAUACCAGCCUGGCUCUUCAGUUCCUGCGCCUCUAUGUCAGGAUUGUACCUGCACCAAUGAGUUGGACCCUGGUUCUGGUCUAUUCAAGAUACGUUGUGAGUUUCAGAAAUGUCAAGAAGACUGUGACAGGGGAUAUGAAUAUGUGGAAACUAAUUCAGAUGAAUGCUGUGGAACGUGUGUACAGACACACUGUGUCGUCAGUGUUAAUAAUACCAAGAAGCUCUUGAAGCCAGGAGAGACCUGGUCACCAACUGAGAAUAAGUGUCAGCAUUACACCUGUAUUGAGGUCGGUGACACUUUAACAACGUUCAAUUCACAAAUUGUCUGCCCACCAUUCCAGCAGAGCAACUGCCAACCUGGCACAAUUCAGACUGCAGCAAAUGGCUGUUGUAAAAUCUGUGUGGAGAGGGAGAAGGCCUGCAAGGUAGUACUCAUGAAAACACACAUUAUGCACAAGGGCUGUCAGUCCAACCAGGAGGUAGAAAUGCCAUAUUGUGAAGGAUCCUGCAACACUUUCACUAAGUACUCUGAAGCAGCAGCUGCUAUGCAGCAUUCUUGUUCCUGCUGUAGGGAGACUCGCUCCAGCAAUCGCACUGUUGACUUGCACUGCCUGAAUGGAGAUGUAGUUCCCUACUCAUACAUCCAUGUGGAGGAGUGUGGCUGCGGCCACACAGACUGCACCAGAGCUGCUGCACAACCCGUCCGUAGGAGGAAAAGCUCCACACUGGUGUAAACUGGAUGUGGGAUGUAAAAGUUUCUUCCCAUUAUGUGUUAACAAUCAUUACAUCUCUUACAAAGCUUUGUAAAGAGAAUAUUUAUCAAUCAAAAUAAAUACAAAUAUGCAACUUUG